AUGUGUGGGCAACUGGUCUACACACGCACACCGCUGGAAGUAGCAUCGCGCCAUGAGGACUGGCUCCUUGGAAACCUUCCCGACGUAUCGUCUUGCUGCUACAGCAGAAGCAGCCGCGACGCCCCCGAAGGGUUAAUCCGGCGCCCACCCACCCACCUCCCGCCCCUUUCGGAGGGAGCUGCAGAAGCGACCUCGCUCCGGUUUGAAAAAGGCACCCGCAAGCCGCCUGUGCGCCCAGGGCGCACGCAGCUCUCCUCGCCCCUUCGCGCCUUCGGGAGCUACCACUCGCUCUCCGGCUCCGACGGGUCUCCCUUCCCAGUCACAGCCCGGCGGCCCCCGCCUCCGGUCGAAGCGCCUCUCCAACCCAGCGGCGUCCCCAAGAUGUCCCUGGUCUUCCUUUGGUGCUGCUGCUCUUUCUGGGGAUGUACCUUGGCGACGGGAUUUCUGUAUCAGUUCCCGGCAUCGGCCCUGCAGCACAACUACCCCGAGCAGAGCUCCGGGGGACCGUCGGGCAACGGCUUCGCAAAUCGCCGGCACUGGUGUCACUACAUGGUCACCCGGACAGUUUCCUGCCAGGUGCAGAACGGCUCGGAGACGGUGAUCCAAAGGGUUUAUCAAAGCUGCCGGUGGCCGGGACCAUGUGCCAACUUAGUGAGUUACAGGACUCUCAUCAGACCCACGUACAAGAUCUCUUACCGAACAGUAACAGCCCUGGAAUGGCGAUGCUGCCCUGGCUUUGCAGGAAGCAACUGCGAGGAAGAAUGUAUGAACUGCACAAGAUUCGCGGAUAUGACAGAGAGGCUAAACAGCCUUGAAGCCAAAAUCCUUCUGCUUGAGGCCGCGGAGCGAGCUCCUCCUUCGGAGAAUGAACUUCCAGUCGUGAGGGCCACAGCCACGUGGUAUGACGACCUGAUGCCGGAUGCCAUUCCCCUUGCCAGCCCAGGGACAGUACUGAGAAAACCCGUGGGACCUGUGGGCUUACCCGGACCAGUCGGGAAACCGGGACCAGCAGGCCCCAAGGGUGAAAAGGGAGAAACUGGAGAGAGGGGACCGUCUGGACCAUCAGGGCUGCUCGGACCUCCAGGACCGAGGGGGUAUCCUGGCGAAACGGGGAUUCCCGGGCCCCCGGGGCCUCCUGGACCCCCGGCCACCCCGCUAACAUUUCAGCAAGGAGUCCUCUACUCACUGCAGCUCAAUGCUGAAAAAGAAAAUGGAGAGACACAGCUGGCCUCCAAAGUCAUCGACACCAUCCUGGCCGGCUUACCAGGACCACGUGGUGCACCUGGCCCCAUUGGCCUGCCAGGCCCCAAAGGGGCACCAGGACCUGUUGGAGCACCUGGGCUGCAGGGCGUGCCUGGCUCCCCGGGACAGCCAGGGCCAAAAGGCUCCAAAGGAGACAGAGGCGAACAGGGUGAACCCGGUAAGAAAGGUGAAGAAGGAGAGAAAGGCACAGAUGGUGAAGGCGUCCAGCAGCUUCGAGAGGCCCUGAAGAUUUUAGCCGAGAGAGUCUUAAUUUUAGAGCACAUGAUAGGAAUUCAUGAUUCUCUCUCUUCCAUUGAACCAGGCUCAGGACAAGAUGUGAUCCUGGGCGCCCCUCUCCGAGCGAAUGCGAAAAUCAAGCGGCACCAUUCCAACCAGAUCCUGUCUUCUCUCCUGAGCGACAGCGAAACCCAAGGGAAAAGCAGGAGAAGGAAGUAG